AUGCCGCUACAGUUAAUUCGUCGUCUGUCGUUGCGACACCGUAAAAAUCAGGAGAACACAGAGAGAGAAGAGACUAAGCCACGGCUACCGGAUCACUUACUGCUCCGGAUUAUUGACCAAUGCGAUGCACUUGAACAAAUUCGGUUGAGGGCUGUGUGCACGACCAUAAAGAACCAUGUUGAUAGGCAGAUAGAAAAAGUCACCCAUCUCAAUGUCGAGAAGCGUGACAUCGACAACAUCACCGGUCGCGGCUGGUCACGUCAUCGCCAUGCACAAGUGUCGCUGAAAAUGAACCUGAAUAGUGCUCAUAUUGUCGUCGACACGAGAUGGACGUCGCGUGAUCUGACAACGGUUGUGGCUGCAAUGAGUGUUUAUCGGAACACGAUUCUCGAGGCGGUGAUUGACGCUCCUAUUGCUGAACUGUUGGUUGUUUCCCUUUCCGCUCUGGAUCUGAAUCGAUGGUACGCUUUCCAGUGCUAUAUGAAAGCGAUGGAUGUCUUCGAUGAGGAUAUGCACAUGGAUUGCGAUUUUGUGAAACCCGGAAAGGUGUACUGGCCAAAUAUUCAGCAUCUUACCGUUCGUACCACCGAACAACAAGCACCACAUUUGGCAAGAGUUAUCGACUACGGUGUUCAAUGUAACUGGGUGUUGGAUCGUCGGAAUCUCUGUCGACUACGAAUAGUUUUCACUGAUCUGGAUGCAACGCCUUCUCGUAAAGUAUCUCGUCACCUAUACCACUUCAGGUGUUGGGCUGGUUCAGCCGGUUUCGAUCAUCGUUUCGAACAACAGUUCGCUGCCUCUAAUGCGUAA